AAAGAGGCUCUUGUCAAAUGGCCCCUGUUAUCAAAUGAAAAAAUUCAUUCUUGUCAGGUGGGAAAAGGAAAACGGAGAAGUUGAUCUGAUUUAGUCAACAGUUUGCCUGCCAAUAUCAUGGAGAAUGAUGUGGAUAAACGACUAGAAGCCUUGUUUGGUUUUAUCAAACAAGAGAAAAAAGUUGUCACACAGGAACUGAGAGAAAUUAUACGAGGGAUUGCCAAAAAUGGAAGAUACAUAUACCAGUGGGAAUAUUUGAAGCCUUUGUAUGCUCAUGAACUAGAACAGGUGAUGGACCAUUUCAUUGAAAAUUUCCCACCGAAGAGUGCAAGUGGUGUUGAUAUAGACAAGGUCAACGAGCUGAAAAAUGAAAGAAGCUCCAUUUUAAAAAUAUUUAAUAAUUUUUCCAGUGCACCAUUUACUAUACAAAGGGUUUCUGAACUCCUAAUUCAACCACGAAAACAUUACAAGACUUGUGCCAAAUUCUUGAGAGGUCUUAAUAAGAACCUUUCAGUUGUCAGCACUGUGGACCCAGAGGAGUCAGAAACAAGCACAGUAGACCCAAUAGAUUCAGAUCAUGAUGACAUCCCUCCAAAAAAAAUCAAGUUAGAUAAUGAAGAAGAGUCAAGGCCGGACAAUGGAAACUGUAGCCCAAACGAAGAAAAAAUGUCGAUGACCAAUGGAAUUUCUGAGGAAAGGAAACUUGAUGCCGUAACUGAGCAAACUCUGCCACCACAUGACCAAUUACCUGAGGUUGUGGAGGGACUGGCUUCGCAGGGGGAUGCCAAAAGCGAAAAUUCGCCUACGGAGACAGUUCCAGAUAUGAAUCCGCCUGCACAGACUUACGACCAAGAACAAGGGACAACAUGCAUAACGAAAUCAUCAAGCGAGGAAAGUUAUGAAACCGGACAAACAGACAUAAACACUGGAGACAAUACUGAGCAGAAGUCUGAAUCAAAAACCAACGUGACUGUACCUGACACACCUUUAUGAAACCAAGAGUUCAAUAAAGUCACGAUCCAGAGAAACAAGGUCAGACCAGGACCAUUUCUUUUUUAUAAGCUUGAAUCUUAAAGGUAUGACCCCACGUUGUUUACAUGGUUUUAUCAUAUUGUAGGUACUUCAUGUAAAAAUAUCACUUAUAUAUACUUAGAGGAAUUAGGUAACUGAUAGUUGUUUUCGUGCAUUGUUUGCUUUGUUUUAGUAUAUAAACAUUUAAGGGUUUUGUUUUUUAGUGAUAUAGUAUUUGAGGUCACUAACAUUAAAAAAAAUAGAAGUUAAUUGAUCACUCUUUAGUACUUGUUAGGGUUAACUAAUUGCUUCAGAAAUGCUUAUUUGCCUGUUUGUAGGGGGCAGGGGCGGACACUUGGUCAGAUAUUGAGGGUCAAGCCUAUUGUUUUAUCAAGAUGACGUCACAUUUCCCAUUGUAUUGGAACAAAAGGCCAUUGUCCUCUAAAGUAUUGGGGGCGUUGCCAGAAUACUGACUAGUUAGUCUGAAUUCCAUUUAAAUUGUCAUUAUCCACAAACAGGGUAAAGAAGAAAUGCCCCUCCUCAUAUGCUUUAAUGCACCACUGUAUUCUAAGGAACUAGCCUUUUUAAAUCACUUUUUAUUUCCACUUUAAUUCACUAAUUUGAAAGAUAUAUUCUCCCCUCAUCCAGUUUUUGGGUGGUUAUUAAUUUCCAAAUUUUGUUUUCCGUACCUUAGCGUUCCAAAUUGUCAGACUGGACUUAGUUUACAGGUAGCAUAAACCUUUAGCAUAUUGAGCUGUAAACAGUCUAAGAAAGUUGUAAAGUUGGCUUAUGUUGCCCAAUGUCACAUGUCCUGUGAAAAUGAUAUAAAAUAUGGAUGCAUGAUAAUUUUUUUAUAAAAGCCGUUUGAGUUUGAAA